CCAAAAGGGGAAAAGGGUGAACAAGGGGACAUCGGCCCAAAGAUGGUUUUUCCUCGCCUCAAUCAUGGAUUUCUCUCUAAUGACCAGCAUGUCUUUAGCCGACGAAUCCUUAAGGGUGAUCAAGGUCAAGAUGGAGCUGCUGGCCCGCCAGGUCUCCCAGGACCACCAGGUGCAAGGGGUCCCCCUGGAGAUACAGGAAAAGAUGGCCCCAGGGGACCACAAGGCCUCCCUGGCUUAAAAGGAGAGCCGGGGGAAGCUGGAGUGAUGGGUGUAAGGGGACCUUCGGGGCUAAAGGGUGAGCCUGGUUUUCCAGGGAGAAAGGGUGAUGAUGGGACCCCAGGACAGCCAGGGCUUCAAGGGCCUAAGGGAGAACAAGGAAGCACAGGUCCCAAAGGAGAGAAAGGAAUAGAUGGAUUGCCAGGAUCAAAGGGUAAUCCUGGUGAGAAAGGAGGAGAUGGACCCAUCGGACCAAGGGGUCCACCUGGCCUGAAGGGGGAACAGGGAGAUACUGUAAUAAUUGACUAUGAUGGCAGAAUCCUGGAUGCACUCAAGGCUGCAGGGAAACAUAAAGUGAUGGGCCCACCAGGACCCCAAGGGCCUCCAGGUCCUCAGGGAGCUCCAGGACCAAAGGGGGAGCUUGGAUUGCCUGGUCCACCUGGAGUUGAUGGAGAAAAGGGAUCUAAAGGAGACCCAGGAAAUCCUGGGAUAAUGGGACAAAAAGGAGAGAUUGGAGAAAUGGGCUUGUCUGGCCUACCGGGAAUCGAUGGGCCAAAAGGAGAGAGAGGAGAAACCGGGUCCCCAUGUUUGCAGAACAAUCAUAUAAUACCAGAACCAGGACCCCCUGGAUUGCCAGGCCCUAUGGGUCCUCAAGGAAUCCCAGGUCCUAAGGGCUUGGAUGGUGUAAAGGGAGAAAAAGGUGACCAUGGUGAGAAAGGGGCAGCUGGUGACACUGGGCCACCUGGUCCUGCUGGUCCCCCGGGACUUAUUGGCUUACCAGGCACCAAAGGGGAGAAGGGCAAGCCAGGGGAACCAGGAUUAGAUGGUUUCCCAGGUCUACGAGGUGAGAAAGGAGAUAAAAGUGAAAGGGGAGAGAAGGGAGAAAGAGGAAUACCUGGCAGAAAAGGAGCCAAGGGGCAAAAAGGAGAACCAGGACCGCCUGGGUUGGAUCAGCCUUGUCCAGUGGGAGAUGGUAAUAUUAAAGGCGAUAAAGGGAAGCCAGGCUUACCAAGCCUGCAUGGGUUGAGCACACCCUGCCCUUUGGGACCAGAUGGACUGCCAGUACCGGGAUGUUGGCACAAGGGUGAAAAAACAUGGCUGAAAGCAAAAAAGAAAAGAAGACUGCAGCCCUAGAAAUGAAAGAAACUCAUUUGUCAUCCGGCCAAGUGAAAGGACUUUCAGUUGGCAGAGAAAACAAAGCCAACCCCAUUCCCUGCUACAUGCUCCACCCUGAUGGAAAUGGUAAACUUUUGGCUCAACAUGAUGAACUCGGCCAUCUGUGCAUGCUUCAACUACUAAUGACAAAACUUGUAUCUCGGGAAGAAACGUACUUUUAACCUUCUGGAGUGUGUGGCUGAAGAGUUGCAAGUGUCUUGCUGGGGAUUCCGUCUUGCUUACUGCAGAAUCUAGAGAACCUGAGAAACAUCAUCUGCCAAACACACUUUUUAAAAAAAUUGCUAUCUUAGGCUCGGUGCAUAGUGAGAACUCUGCUAAAGUCUUUUCUAAUGCAAGAGAGCACUUACACUGGGGGGAUCGCAAAACUUGGAAGAGGUCACAGUAUGAAAUAUGGUAUUCGAUUCCCUUGGUUGGUGGGGCUUGUUUUGUGAACAUUAUACAAUUUGAUCUGAAUACUCGUACUUCUCCUCCACCUCCUUCUCCCUGUCUUUCUUUUUCUUUGCUGUAAAUGAGUUUGAACUCAGGCUCAGUCUAUACCACAUAUCCACUCAAAAAUACUGGGUGAACUGAGAUUACAGUGACACAGUAAUUCCAUUGUGCAAGUUACCUUGACCAGUUCCAUUCCAUUCUUGAAGAAAUGAACACCCAGAAAGCCUAAUGGUUUCUCUUUAUGGGAUGGGGAGAGGGCUUAACAGUAGACACCAAUGACAUUGAAAAGUGUCUAGACAAAACUUGGAUGUACCGGUAAACAGGUUAUCGGAGCCUACUUCCUAUAUCAGGUAAAGCCUAAUUAACCAAAAGCUCAAACCCGAGGCUUUUAGGACAUGCUGAUUUUGUAGGUGAUGUACUAGUAGGGAGUAGUAAGGUAGCCAGGCAGAUUGGAGAAACCUAGAGUGAUUACACAGCCAUCAAGUACACUGAUCUUGGAUAGGAGCUGCAACUGCAUGCCUAACCAUACAGAGUGGAGUAGCAGUGCACCACCCACGGGGAAUGGACAGCAUUCCCAUCUUGGAUGGAGCUCUAGAACUGGCUGAGGAGAGUUGUCUCUAAAAGGAAAAAGUUGCGUGGCAAAAAAAAUUGUAAUCUUUUGAUCUCUGUGCUCCUCCCAAUACACUUCUUUAGUAGCAUAAUGUAACUAAAGGAUAAAGAGAGAGGAAACAUCAAAAUUUUGUGCCUGUGGUGCUUAUUGUGUUGAUCCAAGCCUUGUGUUUAGAACAUUAUUCCAUUGAGUCUACUGGGCACAUGCAGGCUUGUGAUGAAGCGAGGAUACUGGGAUAAAGGCAAGAAUUACUGAGCUUUGCCUGUACAAGAUAACCUAGUGCGGAGUUAAUUCCAGCUCUAAUAAUAUGAACAAGGGUAAUGUGCUCAGUACUGUAUGCUGCUCUCCAUUACUGUCUCCAAACAGAUGAUAGAAAGUUUCAGAAUGAUGCCUAUGAAUUAUCAUCCAUGCCUUGGUGCAUUAUUUCUACUGGAUUUAUUUAGGAAAGCCUCCUAGACAACAGAGUGCAUUUCCUGUACACUGAUUAAUGUUUGAAAUGGACAUACAGCUCAUCAUGAUAGAAGAUGUGGACUACAUAAAAGAUUCACGGGAAAAGUUAACUUUAUUUCUUAUAUUUGUCAGCCACUUUGAUUUUGUAUUACUUGUCUUUUUUGGUUAAAGACUAUAAAGGUGUAUGUUGUACUUUUUUACUUUUCUCUAUAAUUCUAUUGAUUAAAACUCAGAUAAACUAAUAGGUCAAGAAACAGGAAUUAUAUAAUUUUAACCAGCAAUAAAAAUGCAUUUUAAUUAUUUCUAAUUCAUGAGGUGAGCUAUCACUUUUAAAGGGAGAUUCUGAAAGGCACAAAGGGCAGUAUGCACCCAAUUCCUUAGUUCGUGUUAACAUAGUCAAACAGGACUAUGUUAACAUGAGCUUUGAUAUCUUUUAGAGCAUGCCAACAGGAUCUACAUGGGGCAUUAAGAGUAUAGCAUACUAGAGUGCUUUACAAAUCACGCUCCUCUAGUGCAUUUUGCCAAGGCAAUGUAAACAAGCCCUAAAGCUAGAGUGGUUUAUUUCAUUCACUGUUGUUCAGGGCAGUCCUGGCCAUAUGCUGCACCCUGUCAUUUCAGUCAUGUUAAAUACCCGAGUCUUGGUAACAGUUAUAGUACAGUUGCCCUGUCUAGACUAGCCUAUGCAGAAUUUUAGGGAAAUCUUCCAUUGCUGGUCUAGCAUUCAUGUAGCACAAUCAGUGCAAGCAACACUGUGAUUGCAGCAAUGCUAUAGCAAUAGUGGGAGGUCUUCCUAUAAUUCCCAGUGGGAAGAUAUCCUCUGGCCUUGACUACUUUCCAGAUAUUUCCUGUCAUUGCAAGCUUCAGUUAAGUGCCACCAGCAUAUAGACAUUGGGACCCUGAGGUAGAUUCACUUCCAGCAUUUUAAACAAUCUGAUGAUGUAAGCCUGCCCAUGUGGGGGGGACUGUAGUUUGCAGUUGAUGCAAUUACAUACUUGGAGGUUAAUCGAGGAAUGUUUCUCCUAGUUAGGAAAGAGAGUGGGUGAAAACCCAAACUGACUCCAAACUGAAAAUAUUUCUUUCCAAGCCUUGAUAGUUAUUUUUGGUAGUUAGAUUAAGAAAUCAAGAUGUUGCCACAUACUUUUUCUUUCACAGAUUGCUUACAUUUUCUGUAUAUAUAAUGAUGAUGAACUUAUUUCUCCUGUAUAUUUAAAAUGUCUGUCUAUGAAUGUUUUCUCCUAAUGCUAAAGCUGAAAUAUUUCUCGUGUUUUCUAGAAAACCAAAGGAUAAAAUGUUUCUUAGUUAGCUUUUCAGUUUUAUACUUUGAUAUGUUUGGUGUCUGAUGGUCUUUAACUAAACAAAUCAUUGGUAUGUGCUUUCUGAACUGGUCAUUCUUGUUAAUGCUAAAACUGGAAAGGAUGGAAUCUACUCAUGUCAAAAAUAUCUAUUAAGUAUAUUCCAUAUUUUUAAGCCUGUCAGAUACAUUACCACGGUUAUCUACUAUAAAAAGGUUGUAUGUUUGUUAUGGCCAAGACUUCUAUGACAGAAACCCUGUUCUUAGGGUUGUUUUUUUUUUGUUUGUUUGUUUUUCUUGUUUGUUUGUGUUUUUGUUUUAUUUAGUCACAGUGUCAAACUCCUAGAUAGUGUAAAACUGGCAUCAGUCCACAAUGGAGCAAGGGUCCUUCAUGAUUUUUUACAAAUUUUGUCCCUAAUUCUGUAGUCAGACCUGUGCAGGCAGACUCUUCCACCCACAAGAAUCCAACUGCAGGAUCAAGACUUUGGUGUUCUCUACAUACUAUGUAGUGGAGUUUGAGUUUUCAACUAUUAGCUAAACACCACUAAAUUGUGUUAUGCAAUUCACAAUAAAAUAAAUGGUAUUCAUUUAAAUAUUCUCAUCAUUUCCUAUGGUAAACAACUUGAAGUAUUGUUAUGCCAUGACACUUCCAGAUUUAUUGCCAUGACAAACAGCCAGUCUCUGCCAUAAAUAACCUUUCAUAAUGUAUAAUUAUGCAUCCUUUUGGCAGGAAAAUUCAAUAAACAAAACUCGAGCUAUUCAAUAAACAAAACUAGAGGUAGUACCCAUGUUUUGGUAGAGGACAUGGCAACUGAAUGGUUGUUUAAUGCUGCCCCCUAGAGGAUAUGUUUUCUAGCAAAAUAAGUAGCUUUAUGUCAGGGAAAGGGGAAUCUGAUUUUCUCAUGUUAAUUUGGGGGAGAAGUAUGGAUAAUUCUCUCUUGUAUUUUUAUAGUUGAAAUAUCUCUGUAAAACAACAGAAUAUUUAUUUAAAAACUGUUUCAUAUUUUCAAUUUUUUUUAGUUUGUACAUUUUCUGACAUGUCACCAUAAUGGGAAACACCAUAAGCUUCUCAUUUGUUCUUAUUUGUUAUCCUAGUAAUGAAUUCAUGUGCUUCUUAGAUAGACACACACACAAAAAAUUGCCUGAGAUUACCAAACAAACUUCUCUGAGAGGAGAGAAAACUCUUAAAUAUUUUCCAUAUUGUCAACAGAUUUAUCUGAACAAUGAGCCAAAUGUACAAAUAGAGAAUUAAAAAUCUGACUCUAAAAUGUAAACAAUAAAAGCUGCUCUUAAAAAAAUUAUCCUUAGACAAGUAUUAUAUAUUCUUGGCCCAAUUCUACUCAACAGAAUUUACACCAGUGUAGCUAAGAGUAGAAUUUGGCCAUCUUUUUUUUUUAAUGUACUUGUUUCAAUUAGGAUGCACUGUAACCUCAGUAUUGCUUUCCCUCAUUUUAUGCAUGUGAUUGUUUUUACUUCAUAAGUAUUUUUUACCAGACAGUGAUAAAAACUGAUUUAUAAAUAAAUAUUUGCUGGUGCACUUAAUAGAUAGAACUGGGCUUCCUAUCUGUUAGCAAGAAUUUUUUUUGAAGUAUUUAAUGAAAUAGUUUCACAGAUUUCAAGCUACCCAAGUCACUUUAAUUUGCACAGCUGGCAGAGAUGUGGCAUAUUGCCUUGGGUGUUACUGACCUUGGCAGCCCUACAAGACCACCUUGAUGCAGAGAUUAACUGUUUCACUGCUAAGAAUAACUAUUCUAGGAACACAGAAGAUUAGGAAGGAAGAACAACUGAUCACUUUAGUCCAGGGGUUGGCA